AUGCCCGUUGAGGGAAUCGGGAGCAACGAGGAUGCCACAUACGUCCCGCAUCCCAGACACCAGUGGUCUGUCCGAUCCCGCAUUUUCACCUCUGCUAUCAAUGGCUUUCGUCUUCUAUUCCUGACGUAUCUGGAACGCCUGAAAGAGCUCUGCGUUGUCCAGAAUGCUGGCAGCGUGGCUGAGAUAAUCGAACCCGAUCCGGAGCUCGGAUACUCUGCGGCCACACCAGUCGUUGUAGACUGGGACAUGGAUGGGAAGAAGGAUUUCAUCUUAGUCGCCGGAGGUCGGAUCCGGUUCUUCAAGCAGAACAUGACCAACCAGCUCGAAGAGGUGGUCGGUGAAAAGAACCCUUUCCACGACAUCCAUUUAGGUUGGACCUUCGCCCGCGUCAGCAUUGUCGAUUGGGAUGGUGACGGCGACCUCGACUUGAUCGCGCCAAGUGGCAGUGGCGUGGCCUAUUGGGAGCAGAUCAACGGCAACUUAGUGCUCCGAGCUGGUCAAGCCAAUCCUUUUCUUGCAGUCAAGUCCCACUUCAUCGACAAUGCCCGAGGCUGGGACGGAAACUACGGCGCACCCACGGCAGUCGACUGGGACGGAGACGGCGAUCUGGAUUUGAUCCUGGGGCAAGCAGAUGGCACCCUGCUCUACUUCGAGCGCAUGGAGAACGCACACCUUGCAGAGCGAAGCAGCCAUGCCAAUCCUUUCAACGGGUCUGAUAGCAGACGGAACCUGCGGAUCCGCCGGAUGGCAGGAGAGCUGCCAAGCAAAAGCUCCCAAAAGGCGGCUCCCUUCCUGUAUCGGUUCUUGGAUGUGACGGGCAAAGCGAUUUCCGAAGAUCAGGUUACCACCGAGCACAAUUUUGGGAUUAUUGCAGCAUAUUGUGGGAGCUUCGCGGGCGACUUGCCAACCAAAAAGGAGGCCGCAGUGCUAUGGGCCGGCUCUACGUUUCGGCUGAACGAUCCCAUCGAUAGUGUUGCCCAACAGGCUUGGGCUGAAGAUGAAAGCGCCAUUUUGAGGAGCUUCGCUUCCUGGGCUUGCGACCGAGCUCAGAGGAAUGCCAAAGCCAGGAAAGGUGAAGAGCACGAGAAGAUGCAAGCUUUGAAGCAAAUCAUCCAAAGCAAAAAAGAGGACAUGCGGCCAGAUACACAGCCGGCCGAGAGCAAGGAUGAAGCGCAUGGCGACGACGACGACCACGCCUGCCAGCGAGAGGGAGAGGACAAGGAGGCUGACGAUGAAGAAAUGGAGGAGGAAGAGGAAGGGGAAAAUGCCCCGGAGCCACCGCAGGAUAAGAAGGAGGGAGCCCAGAAGUCCCCCAAGGAUAAGAAGGAUGAACCCCAGAAGUCCCCGAAGGAUAAGAAGAAAGAUCCCCAGAAGUCCCCCGAGGAUAAGAAGAAAUGUCCCCAGAAACCCGAGGACAAAGACAAAGAUUCUCAGAAGCCGAUUGACAAGGUCAAAGCGCAUUGGGCCCCCAAGUUCCGGGAGUUGGCAAAGAAGGACGACCGUUUGGAGUUGGACGAGCUCGUGCUGACAGGAUCCAAAGGGUCAUGGACUAUUCGAUUGGAGGGUCACGAGACUACCAUUUCCCCGAGGUUCACGCCAUCUUCCGGACACUGGUACGUGACCGAUCCUGACCCGGGCCGAAUUCCCGGAUUGAACCUCAAAUACAAGAUGGACUUUGCUAUCAACCAAAAGGGCGGCCUCACCAUGGGAUGGAACCACUUCGACAGCUUGGAGCUUUCGCCUGGCACCCAAAAGUUCGUUCGGGAUUGGGGUCAGCUUGAGUUCCUUCGGGUUUUGGCUUCGCAUCGCAUCAAGGUGGAAGGCUGCUUUACAUGCAGCUGGGUGGCAGCUGUGAAUGGGUUCUGGCAACUCCGGCAGCACGAGCAUACGCAGAAGCCUCGCUCCAAAAGGUUAGCAGGCAUGGCUGACUGGAUGUUAAGCGACCUGGCCCUGUCUCGCGAAUGCUUGCUUGCAUUGGCCUAUGCUGGCUUUCCCAGCUUGAUGUUACACCUUGUCGACUACAUAGCCCAGAAUGCAACUGGCUCCAACCGAGUUCGAGCUGAAGCCUCGGUUUUGAUUGCCUUUAUGUCAUACGACAGCAGCAAGGAAGAUGCCCAGAAUCCUUUCCCAGAGUAUGAGGAGACGCCGCCUGGAAAGAGAACUUUCCAAGGCAAGAAAGCCGGCAGGGGCCCGCUGAGAGUCGAUUCCGCUGCCACACUAGUUGUGGAAACCCCGCCGCCGAAGCUGAAGCGGCCUGGAUCGACCGAAUUGUCAGGAUCUCUUUCGAAGAAGGUCAGGCAUGCUUUAAAAGCUGAUGCAACAAAGGCACAAAAGAACCUCGAGGAUGAGUUUGAGGAGGCUGAUUGCAGCCAGGGCCAGGAGGAUCCAGACACCACAGCCAACAAAGAAGCCCCCAAAGGCAAGAGAACAUCCCCUAAGGCCAAGGCCAAAGCAAAGAACAAAGCAAGGGUUGCCAGCAGCAAACCCAAAGCCACCAAGCCCAACGAAGACCCCAGCAAGACCAAGCCCAAGAAGGACUCUGGCAAAACACCCGCGACCAAGCCCAGCAAGAAGCCUGACAGCAAAGCAAAGGCCAAGGCCACGCCCAAAAAGGACUCUGGCAAAACAGCCGCGACCAAGCCCAGCAUCGACGAUGGAAGCGAGACCGAAGAGCCCAGUGACAAGAAAGCUAGGUCUAGCAAGGAUCCCAUGCCCAGGUCUCCCAAGAGAUCUCCGAAGAAAGCAGGUGCCAAGCCGACAUCCCCACAGAAAAGCAAGGCAAGCAAGAACGAGCAGGAGGAGCAAAGCAUGGACGAAAAGAAAAAGAUAGCACACAGGAUGUACAUGCGAUUCUACAGAAGUGUCCACAGCAAGAACAAGAUGAGCAGUUUGUACGAGGACUUCCUCCAAACGGAGGGGAACUGGGGCAAUAGUCUGGUGUACAAAAGCAUCAAGUCCAUCACCCGCAACGGACGUCGCGGCAUUCGCCGCUGGCUCACAAAGCGCCAAAUGUUGACCGUGUUCGACUCCGCAGAAGUCGUGGACAGCAUUAUCGCCCGCAAAGAGACAGACGAUUACCUUCGGUCUACGGAAGUCAGGGAGCACCCGGACUGCCCAGGACUCAUGCAGUACUUGGUGCUUGUCGAGGAGGAAGUGACAGACGAGGAUAUCGAGGAUAUGGAUGAGAUUGAGGAUAUGUUCCGGAUGGAGGACGUGAUCGGCCAGCUCAGCAAGAUGAUUCGCGACCACAACACAAAGAUUGGAGAGCUGGAAGGUUUGUUUGGGGCUAAGAGCAAGACCGUGCAGAACGCCGUUCGGAAGGAGGUCAAUGAUGCCAUCGCACAGCUCACGGCCUGCAGAGCAAACUUGCAGGCUGCUAUCGAUGGGCAUCAGGAGGAGCAGAUGUUGUCGAUGACCGACGCCGCCAAGGAUCUGAUGAAGAAGAUGGAGGGCUCAGUGCUUGCAUUCAGCAAGAAGAAAAGUGCUCUCCCGCCUUCAUCAGAAAUGGUGUUCGACAUGAUCGACAAUGACGCUGCUGGUGCUCUGCUGCCCGCCCCGCUCACGAAGAUGGGAUCCUUUUGCGGCAAGAACAAUGCCCGUGACUUUGCACGAUCCGUUCGGCUUCCCGUGGUGCUUGCUUACGCCCCUACUUACGUGGAAACCAUCGUCAAGAAGAAGGCUGAUUCGGAGGAAGAAGUACGUGUAAAGAUUCCGUUUCUCCUCCCCCACUGCAUACUGGCCUAUGUGUUUGACGAGCUGGGCCUCAACAUUAGUACAGAUGCCCUAUCCAAGUAUUGGAAGCACUGCAAGCGCUACUGUCCCUGGGCUUCCGAUCCCGCUUUCGAUGGCACUCACAUCCCUGUAACACUCUACGGGGACACGGCUCGAUAUGGGCAAGGCUACGAUCAAAGCAAAGUGACAGGUUGCUUUUUGAUGUUCUUGGUGGAGAAUGGGUAUUUUGGAGACCCGGUCGCCAAUUCCUUGCACAAGCUCUUGGUUGUUGCCUUCCGCGAUUUUAAGACAUUCCAAAGGUCAUUUCAUCAUCAACUGAAAGAUGUCAAGCACCGACGUCUCAACACACGGCUGCACCACACGUUUCGUGAAGAAGAUGCUAUGCGGUGGCUGAAAGGUGCCUGA